UUUGAGGCAAAAGUAAAGUAAAGCUUUGAACUUGGAGAUCUUAAAGUAUUAUAUAAGGUAAGCUUUAAAGUUAAACAUGCUUGCUAAAUUUUUUUUUUUAUGUGCCAUGCUCUUUAAUUUUAUUCAAAAUCUUAUUUAGCUAGUAACUACUCUUGAGAAUCACAAUCGUGUUCUGGAGAAUAGGUUAACAUUGUAAUCACAAAAUCUAUAACUCAGCUCCCAAAACUCAAUGACAAAGGUUAUAUACACAGAUCUAACAAGUUGAAGUCUAGAAUUUACACAAAAUUGGUACAAUGUAUUGAAUAAAGCAAAAUGAUUUCAAGGAGAGUAUUUAUCUAUCCUAUAUUCCUCUGAUUUAUCAAUGUAAAAGCUUCAGUGAACAAAUUCAGAAGUCUGUUUUUUUUCCCAACAAGAGGACACCUAGACAAUCUGUCCUUAAAUCAAGGUCAAAGUUGAUUGACAAUGUUGCUAAAAUAUUUUUUAAAUUUCUGUUUAAACUAAAAAGUAAAUAUCCAUCUCACUUCUGACUUCUAAAAAUGAUCUAGAGUAUGACUGAUAAGAUGUUAGCCUUUACUUCAUCUUACGAUGGCAUAAACCCAAAAUUUCGAUUCAUUUCCAAAAAUCAAAGCUUGUGGCCCUUAUAGAAUUCCGUUGUUUGUAAGCUUUGUACAGGAACUUCUUUAGUGGAGGAUGGCAACCACGCAUUAAAUAAAUCAUUGUUUUAUGAUGAUAUACAAGCUUUCUGAGCUAGAACAUAAUCCUCGCUCUGCCAGUAUCUUUUUUGUGUAACUUUAGACAGGUCACUCUACUUUUCCCUCAAUUUUCUCCUCUUACAGGGAGAUAAUAGUCGUAAAAACGACUGGAAACUACUUUGCUGAGAGCUUUUUCUUUAAAGGACUUACAAUAAAUACCAGAGUCACAAGGUCCAGCAAACCUAAGAAGAAGCUGAGCUUUUUGAGGACAGGGAACUUUUUUUCUUCUUUGAGUCAUCAGUUAUCUUAUUUGUUUUCCUGUAAUACAGUUCCUCACCUAUAAAAAGGCCUCAAUAAAUACUGUAAAUUUAUGAAUGUUAUUUAGGCAGAUUGCAGUCUUGGCAGGCCAGUGCCUUGUAAAUCUCUUUGCUGUGAUCCUUUUCAUACUCAGCAUCUAAAACGCCGCUGUUAUUUGCUCUGGGAUAAGUACCCAAGGCAUUUAUUUAAAAAUAUCCAAGUCUAGAGAAAUAAUUUUUCUGUCCUUGGGGCACCCUCUCACUUUCCGCGGUACUGCGCUCCAGGCUUGGGAUCUGGGUCCCGAGGCUACAGGGAAGAGUUAGGUACGGGAAGCUCAUCCUCCGGCCGUCGGAUUGGUCGGCUCGCACUCCACUCACACGGCUCGAGUCUCUGAUUGGCCACCGUGGCACCCUCUCCCUCGGCCCGCGACUACUUCGUGUGCCGGGGCGGCGCGCCUAGGUCCUCCGGCUCAGCUCGCGGUGUGGGCCGGUCACAGCUAGCUCUUCGGCACACUGCUCUGCAUCGCGGGCGCCAGGAAUUUCCCGAGUGCAAGCGGGUUGCUGCUUUUGCUGAGAGAGCACUCAUGACCCAGGUGGUAUUUUCAUUCAAGAUCAAGUGUUCUGUUGCCUUUGUUGAUUAACUGAACAAAUUCAGUGAUAAUUUUACUGACCCAGACUCAAGCAAUAAUAUCUUCCUUUGGAAAUACCAUGUGGUUUUGUCAGCUUAUGUUCUAGUGGAAGGAAGGAUUUGCAUCAUAAACAAGAUCAGAGAAAAGAAAGAUGAGGACUCAUUUAAAAAAAUACAACAAAUUAUCACCUGCCUCCCCUCUACCUCUUACAUAUUCUAGGGAUAUGAGGUGUUCAUGAAAGUGAAUGAUUCUCAUGGUUGAUUCUAUUGGUGACAUGACCUUCAUUCAUCAUUAAUGCUUACGGUAUUUCAAGUUACUGUACUAGCAUGUAGAGUCCAUGAAGCACAGGACAAUAAAGCUUCCUACUCAUACCACCAGGAGGAUCUCUUUGAAAGAUUCACUACAGGACUACCAGAGACACCAGUUUGUCUGAAGCAUCAUGUGUUGAAACAACAGAAGGCAACUACUUUUGCACUAGCUAGAAACAGAGUUAUGAUGUUUUCAUUUCUUUGAGCCAGGGGAGUGAGUUGAAAAUCUGAAAAUGCGGCCAUGGACUGGUUCCUGGCGUUGGAUUAUGCUCAUUCUUUUUGCCUGGGGGACCUUGCUAUUUUAUAUAGGUGGUCACUUGGUACGAGAUAAUGACCACCCUGAUCACUCUAGCCGAGAACUGUCCAAGAUUCUGGCAAAGCUUGAACGCUUAAAACAGCAAAAUGAAGACUUGAGACGAAUGGCUGAAUCUCUCCGGAUACCAGAAGGUCCCAUUGAUCAGGGGCCAGCUUCAGGAAGGGUUCGUGCUUUAGAAGAACAGCUUUUGAAGGCCAAAGAACAGAUUGAAAAUUAUAAGAAACAAACUAGAAAUGGUCUGGGGAAGGAUCAUGAAAUCCUAAGGAGGAGGAUUGAAAAUGGAGCUAAAGAGCUCUGGUUUUUUCUACAAAGUGAAUUGAAGAAAUUAAAGAAUUUAGAAGGAAAUGUACUCCAAAGACAUGCAGAUGAAUUUCUGUCAGAUUUGGGACAUCAUGAAAGGUCUAUAAUGACGGAUCUGUACUACCUCAGUCAAACAGAUGGAGCAGGUGAUUGGCGGGAAAAAGAGGCCAAAGAUCUGACAGAGCUGGUCCAGCGGAGAAUAACAUAUCUUCAGAAUCCCAAGGACUGCAGCAAAGCCAAGAAGCUGGUAUGUAAUAUCAACAAAGGCUGUGGCUAUGGCUGUCAACUCCAUCAUGUGGUCUACUGCUUCAUGAUUGCAUAUGGUACUCAGCGAACACUCAUCUUGGAAUCUCAGAAUUGGCGCUAUGCUACUGGUGGAUGGGAAACUGUGUUUAGACCUGUAAGUGAGACAUGUACAGACAGAUCCGGCACCUCCACUGGACACUGGUCAGGUGAAGUGAAGGACAAAACUGUUCAGGUGGUUGAGCUCCCCAUUGUGGACAGUCUGCACCCCCGUCCACCGUAUUUACCCUUGGCGGUACCUGAAGACCUCGCAGAUCGGCUCGUACGAGUCCACGGCGACCCUGCAGUGUGGUGGGUGUCCCAGUUUGUCAAAUACUUGAUCCGCCCACAACCUUGGCUGGAAAAGGAAAUAGAAGAGGCUACCAAGAAGCUUGGCUUCAAACAUCCAGUUAUUGGAGUCCAUGUCAGACGCACAGACAAAGUGGGAACAGAAGCAGCCUUCCAUCCCAUUGAGGAAUACAUGGUACACGUUGAAGAACAUUUUCAGCUUCUUGCUCGAAGAAUGCAAGUGGAUAAAAGAAGAGUAUAUUUGGCCACGGACGACCCUUCUUUAUUAAAGGAGGCAAAAACAAAGUACCCCACUUACGAAUUUAUUAGUGAUAACUCUAUCUCUUGGUCUGCUGGGCUACACAAUCGAUACACAGAAAAUUCACUUCGGGGUGUGAUCCUGGAUAUACACUUUCUCUCCCAGGCAGACUUCCUAGUGUGUACUUUUUCAUCCCAGGUCUGUCGAGUUGCUUACGAAAUCAUGCAAACACUUCAUCCUGAUGCUUCUGCAAACUUCCAUUCUUUGGAUGACAUCUACUAUUUUGGGGGCCAAAAUGCCCACAACCAGAUUGCCAUUUACCCUCACCAACCUCGAACUGCAGAUGAAAUCCCCAUGGAACCUGGAGAUAUCAUUGGUGUGGCUGGAAAUCAUUGGGAUGGCUAUUCUAAAGGUGUCAACAGGAAACUGGGAAGGACGGGCCUAUAUCCCUCCUACAAAGUCCAAGAGAAGAUAGAAACGGUCAAGUACCCCACAUAUCCUGAGGCUGAGAAAUAAAACUUCGAUGGAAGAGAAGGACAACUAAACUCAGUUCAAAUCAUUUGAGCCAAACAGUAGAUGAAGGCCCUGACCUUACAACACAUGGUGAAAUGAGUAGACAACUUUAAGCACCAGGAGCAACUGGAAAUGACGAUGCUUCACUGGUGGAAUUACUCUUCAAUGAGGGCUACAACGCCCUUAAACUCAUGCACAGUCCAGUAAUGUGCUCACAUAUAACAUACAAACAGGUUGUUUUCUACUGUGCCCCUUCUUUAAAGAUUAUGUCCCCAUGAACAAACACUGCCACAUUGUAUAAUUUAAGUGACACAGACAUUUUGUGUGAGACUUCAAACAUGGUGCCUAUAUCUGAGAGACCUUCGUGACCUAAUGAGAAGACCCGAAUAGCUCCCUACUAUGGGGAGGUUGAUUCUUAGCCAGUGGUGCUAUUGUAACCACUGAAUUCACUCCAAUCAGCAGAUUCAGAAUGAGAAUGGAUGUUUUUGUCUGGAUUUUUUUUUUUUUAAGUAAUUGCAUCAGUUCAUCCACUUCAUCAUUAAUAAGUGAAGGAUACAUCAGAAAAUAAAAUAUUCACACUCCAUUAGGAACUUUUGUAAAACAGUGUCAUGAACGGAUCUUUAGUACUCAAUGUUUCUGGACGUUCUCUUUGAUAACAAAAAAUAAAUUUUAAAAGGAG